ACAGUCAAAGUAGAAAACGAUUUCCCAGACGGACGUUGGGAAUCUCGAAUUAUUGUUUUUUUUUGUCGGACGACUCCUAGCGAGCUAGGCAUAGUACAGCGACACUAACAGAGCGCUCCGCAAGGAUGGCACUGGACGAGCCCAAGGUGGCACCCGCGGGAGACCAGCAAGUGGUGGAUUCCAAUGGAACGAACAAUAAACGUGACGACGCUCCCGACUACUACAAACAGCCCAAGUUCAAGCGAAACAUCAUCCCCUUCGACACCGAGGACCUGUCCGUGCGAGUAAUCCGGGAACGUUUUCUCAUCCCGAACCAGGUGUCCGAGAACAGCCCGGCCCAAAAGGCGGGCCUGAAACUGGGCGAUCAGAUCCUGAAGAUCAACGGUGCCGACGCCUCGGCCAUGCGCCUUGCCACGGCCCAGUCCGUCAUCAAGCAGGCCGGGGAACAGCUGCAGAUGAUCGUGGCAAAAGACGACGAGCAAAACCGAGCAGCUGAAGAGCAGGGCAAACCAAAGGAAACGCGCGAGGUCAAGUUCGUAGGUAACGAGGAGCAACCGAAGGCCGAUGUCACUAACAAACCCGCUCCCAAUGUCCAAAACGACGAACGUGAAAACUGGACACAGCCUCCAGAGCGCAAGGUGUGGCAUCCGAUCGUAUGGCAGCAGCCACCACCUCCGAUCCCACCAGAUCUAUACGGCAAGGAUGCACCGCACCAGCAGCUGAUCGCGAACAUUCGCCGGUUGCUGACGGAGACCGCAGCCAAGCCGGAAGAGCGCCAGAAGCACAUCGAGCGUAUGAUGCUUUCGCUGCCGACGGGAUCUCGGCGGGAGGAGGACGAAGAGGACCUGCCACCCCCGCCGGCUCCGAAGCCUAAGAAGAAGAAGAAGAACAAGGGCAAGGCGAAGGCGAAGGUCGCCCCAAGGCCACGCCUGGACAGCGAGACGUCCGAGGAAGGAUCGACGGCUGAGUAUGCGGAAGAAGCUAUGGCUCCAGCAGAACCGAUUCCGGAAGAAGUCAGUGUUGACGCCUAACCGAGGCGGAUCGGUUGGUCGGCGAGUGCUUUCUAGGAGUAAUGAGCAGACUACGAGGGCUCUGCAGAUGUUCCAGCAGAUCACACGCGCGCGCGUUAGGCAAUGUAUUACACGAAGCGAAACCGAAACCGCCAGAGCCCCAUCGUUCUCUGUGACCACUGUACUUAACCUCGAUUUGUUCGUUUGUUGAAUAAAAUCGUUUCUUUAAUUUUUUAAA